CUGCAAAUUUUUACGGUUCUGACUGCAGCUAACCCUGAUGUAGACGAAUGCAAAGAAUACAGUGAGUUAAAUGACCGUGACCGGUCUUUAACUAACUACGAUGCCUACGAUAAAAGAUGCGACGAUAAACUAGAGAUUGGCUGGUACAGAUUCACAGGAAAAGCCGGGCAGAUGAUGCCAACCACAUGCGUGGCCAAAUUUCACUGUGGUGCUUACGGCCCAGGUUGGCUGAACGGCGACCAUCCAAUGCCCCAGGAUGGGAGGGUAAAAAGGAGUGUGUGUUUUCACCUAGAGGGGGAAUGUUGCAAGGAGAAGAUCAGUAUUCAAGUGAGGAAUUGCGGGAAAUUUAUGGUGUAUUUUUUGCCACCUACGCCAAGAUGUCCUUUGAAAUAUUGCGGAAGUAAAGUUGAGGAUGGUAAGUUUGGUAGAUUUUUCACCCGGUCGUUUGUCUGAAAAACUUGUGUACAAAUUUUUUACUGGGUUAUCAAGAGAGGAGCUGUGAACACAAGCGGGUUACCUGCCAGCCAGGCGUGGAAAGGGAGAGGAGUAGAGGCAGCUUUCUGUCCGGCUUUCCCCGCCCAGUCUUUCGCAGCUUGCUCGCGCGUGCUUGUGAUUUCCAAAUGGGGAUUUAUCCCGACAUUCCCAAAUAUUGAUACGUAAAUGAUUAGAGCGGUUUUCACUUGACUGUCGUAAAACCAAAACCAAAGUAAAUACACUAGCCAACCAAAGGGCGUAGUAAAACCAAAACCAAAACCAAAACCAAUUACUUUCGACAGUCAAGUGAAAACCGCUCUACUAAAGAACGGUUUUCACUAGCGCAGAACCAUAAGUAUAAGGGCAUACGCACGCGUACAGAAUGGCAUAUUUGAGCCUCCAAGGUUCUGAAAAAUGACCAUAUUUUGAGGACCUUCAACCAAACCAACGUUUGCAUGGCAUUACACAUAAUACACUAUUAUCGUCACUUUAUUGGAUAGCGCAAACGUCUUCCAACUUUGGUCAACACUACCUGGAUAUGAAGAAUUGGCUGGGGGAUCUGGGCCAAUCAGAAAAGGAGAAUAUUUUGGAUAAAUAAUAAUGAUGUUUAUUGAGACGGGCUUUUUGGUGACUCUAAUCUUGCACGAUGAUUUUGUUACAGUUCCCCGUGAAUGCAAAAGCUACGGCGUUUUAAAUGAAACCGACAGAGCGCGAGGAUUUUAUAAUCCGUUCCUGUCCCUCACCGACGCAGGACUUACUCCUGGAUGGCACAGAUUCAUGGGAAAAGCGGGUAUCAAUACUUAACAGUCUUGUCUCAUCAUCAUCAUCAUCAUCAUCAUCAUCAUCAUCAUCAUCAUCAUUGUCGUAAUUGUCACCAUCAUCACUCCACAAUCACCAUUUGUAGUAUAAAAAUUAUAUAGAGUAUGAAUACCGUAAAAUUCCGAAAAUAAGCCCCGGGGCUUAUAUUUUUCAAAGGCCCUUUCUGAGGGCCUUAUUUUUGGAGGGGCUUAUCUGCGGAGGGAAAUUGAUCGGGCUAGCCUUAUAGUUGGAAGUAAAUUUACCGUUUUUGCUUUAUUUUACUUUGUAUUUGAGGGCAAUUUUCCAGUUACAUACCCCGGGAGGCUUAUAUUUGGAGGGGCGAUUUAACGCAAGGUUUUUUACGUUACCGGUUUGGGGGCUUAUAUUUGGAGGGGCUCAUACAUGGAGGGGCUUAUUUUCGGAAUUUUACGGUAUGUCAAAGUUUUCUUAUCCUCAAAAGAAGGAAUAAUUAGGUCAACCAGUCCCCUUCAUGUUCUGUAUAUAAAUAGUUCGAAAGUUCGCAACGCGUAACGGUUCAUUUCCCCAUUUUACUUUCAAGCCCCACCUUUUUGUUUUUUUCUUUAGUACUUACAUGUUAGUGUUAAAUAUUUGUUAGGAUCGCGGAUGCCACAUAAAUGCGUCAAGUUAUUUCACUGUGGUACACACGCACCCGGGUGGCUCAGUGGUGCUCAUCCUCUGAUAACUGAGGGUGCGGUUAUGAGACAAGUAUGCUUUCACUGGAACGGCGACUGUUGUUAUUUCAAGCAACAAAUACUAGUGCGAAACUGUGAGGAUUUCUACGUCUACGAGCUUCCUGGAACAGAGAAAAGCUUUCUGCGAUACUGUGGCAAUUCAAAAAAGCACCAUCAUCUUGAACUUUAG